CGAAAGAGCACGCCAGUACCGCGGUUUUACGCAACCUGGGCCAAGCGCGAGUCGCAUUGAUUCUUUUAUAAGCUAAUCGUCAAUGAGUCAUUGGUUCAGGUUGGACUUUCGUGUAUAUCCUAAUCCACUUGACGCAGUGCCCCGUCAGAAUGUUCUGUGACCGUUGAUAUUAAUUAGGGAAUAAUAUAAAAUUUUCACGAUGACCGCAAAGGUUUUUCGAAAUCUGCCAGUAGUGUUUGUUUCAUUACUUACAGUUAUAGGAGGUUCUCAAGAUAGUAAUCGAGUGAAACGCCUGCGUGCUGAUAGCGCGGCGGUGCAGGAGCCAGCCCAAGCGUUGGACGCGCCUGAACCGGAACCCAACACUGCGCCUGCGCCGAUCGCCUUCAUACAUCCAUCUGUAAAGGAGUAUCUUGAACUUGGAAUGGCGAUACCUGGUAAACCUGGUACAGACUACCCAAUUCUAGGAGCCGUUCCAUACACCAACUUCUAUUGUGACGAGCAGCCUUAUCCAGGCUUCUUUGCUGAUAUGGACACACGUUGUCAAGCAUGGCACUAUUGCGACAUUGACGGUCGCCAAGCAUCGUUCCUGUGCCCCAAUGGCACUAUAUUCUCCCAGGGAGUGGCGUCUUGCGAUUGGUGGUUCAACGUAAGGUGCUCGUUAUCCCCCGCUCUGUACCCCCUGAAUGCGAGGCUGUACCGACGAAGAAAGAAGCAAAGCAGGCCAAAACCACAUAGGAAACUCAGUAUGGUAAAAUCAUUACAAACAGUUAUACCGGCUAUUGUGAAUUGUAUCACGAUAUCACCAAAUGGUAAUAGCCCAGAAAGAAAAAUGUUGGGUGGCAUGGUGAUCGAUGCACAAGCAAUGGGUCUUCAAAAACCAGAAGCAAUUAUAAGUACAAGAAAAUUUGAUAAUUCAUCGUUAUUAGCAAUUAAUGAAAGGUAUAGGAGACUUAUACCUUACAUGACAUUUUAUUAUGCUAAUGACUUAGUGACACCUACAACAGAAGCUCAGAAGACCAAUAAUGUCGAAGUAGAAAAAGCUCAAAUCAUUGAAGCAGGAACUGUGACACCGAAAGAAAGAGAAGCAAGAGUAAUAUACCCUUCCCAGGGAAAUCAAAAUAUUCCAAGAUAUCAUGGAAACAGAUUAACUCCAAUUAAUAUUGCAUCUUCUUAUCCUACUAAAUUAUAUUACAAAGAAAUACCAGCUGCAUAUCAUAACUCUCCAAAAUUAAAUCCUAUUUAUCAUUCUACAUUGCCAGAGUAUUCAGGUCAUAGUGGUUUGAAUAAUCGCGAAAAUGUAUACGACCGAUAUAUUCCAACGCAAAUUAAGGCUCCAAGUACACCUUUCAUGGUUUCUACAAGAAAACCAUAUCUAAAUGUUCAUGAAAACGUAGAACAUCCAAAUUUUCAAUAUUAUUCAUCGGACCAAAUCGAAGCUCCAAGAUAUAAACUAGUACCUUACGAGCAGACUCCUCCUAUUAAUAUAGUAACAGCGAAAAAACAGUAUAAUCCUCCGACUGCUCUAUCGAAAGAGCCCAUUUAUGUAAAACCUAAAACGAGUCUUCGUCCUCAACAUUUUGAGAUAUAUAAUCCCUACACUCGACCAUUGAAGACAAGAAAACCACCAACAACGAUUUCUGAAAUUUAUUAUGAGAGAAGACCUGAUGUGGUUCCUGCACAACCAGUUGUAGAAAGCGGAUUUCAACCAAUUGCAAAUUCGCAGUUUUUAACCACAGAGGCCCCUUCAUAUUAUACACCGUCAUACAAAGGCGAAACUUAUCCAAAUAUAAAUAAUGACCAUAACCGAGAUUCUCCAGCAGUUGAAGCGAAUACAUUUGCUCCCGAAGGAAACAAACAUAUACUGGAAUAUGUCAUCGAACCGGUCCAUACAAGCGAGAGAGAAGAACAGUCUGCGUCACCUGAUUCAGUUACUUUAGCAGAAUUACUGAACUCUUUGCAAAUCAAUAAAUCCAUUCCGAAACCGAUAACAAGGGAAAAUGUUGGCGCCUCAAUAAAAACACUAUUACAGGUACUGAGCACUUUAAAUGCUCAAGCUCAGCAGAAUGAAGUAGAAACAGUGCUUAGUUCACCAAAACCAUUCGAAGCCCCUGAAGUUUCAAUACAUUCAACUCCUUCUCCGCUGCUAACGACUACUCCAAAGCAGCUUCAUGAUUUGCACGAAGAACCCUAUCUUGCACCUAUACAAAACCCAUCACAGCAUUUAGAUGAGUAUCCAACUGGUGGUGGCAGUUCACAACGUUUUCCUCCUCCUGUGACAUCGGAUAAUGAGGGCGGAACUCCCGGCCGGCCUGAUGUUGAUUACCCUAUACUAACUGUUAUUCCGCCAACAAGUUUCGAUUGUAAAACACAGCGCUAUAAAGGAUUUUUUGCAGAUACUGAAACAAGAUGUCAGGUUUGGCACUACUGUGAUUUAAACGGCGGUCAAGCUUCUUUCUUGUGUCCCAAUGGCACCAUAUUCUCUCAAGCUGGUUUAACUUGCGAUUGGUGGUUCAACGUCCGUUGCGCCUCAACUCCGCAGCUGUACGUCUUGAACGAGAGUCUUUAUAAAUACAUUUUGCCUCACUCGCCCAAGUUUCCUGAAGACUAUAGCGGACCAUUGGUUGAUAAGUAUCUAAGUUUGAAGUUCAAAGAAAUGGAGGAACAGUUUAAAAAGAACAAAAACAAGAAGGUAGCGUCGGAUAAAACGGAUUCGGAUGAAUCCACCGAGAAAGAUAGUUCCAUUGAAGAAAACGCCAGCGAAGAACAGCCCGAGGAAUCUUCUGUGAACCGAGCAAAUGUAAUUGUAGAAUCACCUGGCAGUAGUGGUAAUGUCCAGAGGCUACAAGACGAGUAAAAUAAUUCUCAAACCGAAUAUUAAAUUGAAUUUGUUGCUUUUUCCAUAUUAUUGUCGUUUCUUAGUGCUUGUUUACGUAUUACGUAUCAGGCGAGGGGGUGAAUUUUAUACUUACUUGUGUACAAUAAGCA